UAAUUUUUGAACUUCAACAUUUUUGUAAAUAUGGAUUUUAAGGCACUUAAGGAAAGGGCUAAGGCGUUCGCAGAAAAUGCAAAACGAGAGAAGCAGGAGAAACAGCAAAAAAUAGUAAAUAUUAAAAUUGACAAAAAUUUACCGUCAAUAUCCAAGAAUGAAGCUGUGAUAUCUGAGUACAUGGACGUCCUGCGACAAACUCAUCAGACUAUAGGCAAAACAUUACUAAAGGAGCGACUGGAGAAGAAGAAAGAAGAUAAAUUUAAGAAUGUAAAUUAUGUUAAGCAACAAUUCAAUCUCCAAAAGAAUACUGGAAGUCUAAAAAGCAAGAUUAAACACAUGAGAAGGCAAAGGAUAUUCCCACAGCCUAAAUCCUUCAUGAAUUAUCGGAAUAGAAAUGGAUUAAUUAAGAAGAAUUCAAUAAAAAUAAAUAAUUAAGUUAAAGUUCGGUCAUCUCGGAAGUUGAUUUUAAAAAAAUUCAAUUUAAAGUUUUAUUAAAGAUAUACUCAGUC